GCUGCGAUCAGUUGAGUUUUGUGCGUUGUGCGGUUAAGUUGCGCGUUCUGCUCGGGUUCCCUCCUUUCAAAAGAUUAAUCAGUGCAGCACACACACACACACACUAAAGAAGAAUUAUAGUCCACCUCCUGGCUCAGUUCAGUUCAGUUCAGGUUCAGGUUCAGAGUAAUUGGCUGCAUCGACGACGACUUUCGAGUCCCACGCAAAGGAAGCAGAAGAAGAAUUGUUAAAUUGUUACAUCAAAACCCAUAAAUCAAAAUGAGAGAAAUUGUGCAUCUGCAGGCUGGCCAAUGUGGCAACCAGAUUGGCGCUAAGUUCUGGGAGAUCAUAUCCGAGGAGCAUGGCAUUGACAGCAACGGCAUCUAUGUGGGCGACAGCGACCUGCAGCUGGAGCGUGUCAGUGUCUACUACAACGAAGCAUCGGCCGUUUCGCGUUCUUCAGGCGGCAAGUAUGUGCCACGUGCCAUUCUGCUGGAUCUGGAGCCUGGCACCAUGGAGUCGGUGCGUUCGGGUCCCUAUGGCCAGCUGUUCCGUCCGGACAACUUUGUCUUCGGCCAGUCGGGCGCAGGCAACAACUGGGCCAAGGGUCAUUACACAGAGGGUGCCGAGUUGGUGGACAAUGUGCUCGACGUAGUGCGCAAGGAGUGCGAGAACUGCGACUGCUUGCAGGGCUUCCAAUUGACGCACUCGCUGGGCGGAGGCACUGGCUCCGGCAUGGGUACGCUGCUGAUAUCGAAGAUACGCGAGGAGUAUCCCGACCGCAUCAUGAACACCUAUUCGGUGGUGCCAUCGCCCAAGGUGUCCGACACGGUCGUCGAGCCCUACAAUGCCACGCUGUCCAUCCAUCAGCUGGUGGAGAACACAGACGAGACUUACUGCAUUGACAACGAGGCGCUCUACGACAUCUGCUUCCGCACACUGAAGGUGGCCAAUCCCAGCUAUGGGGAUCUCAAUCACCUCGUCUCGCUGACCAUGUCCGGUGUCACCACCUGCCUGCGUUUCCCAGGCCAGCUGAAUGCCGAUCUGCGCAAACUGGCUGUCAACAUGGUUCCAUUCCCGCGUCUGCACUUCUUCAUGCCCGGCUUUGCGCCGCUCACCUCACGCGGAUCGCAGCAGUAUCGCGCCCUCACCGUGCCGGAGCUCACCCAACAGAUGUUCGAUGCCAAGAACAUGAUGGCUGCCUGUGAUCCUCGCCAUGGUCGCUAUCUGACAGUCGCCGCCGUCUUCCGCGGACGCAUGUCCAUGAAGGAGGUGGAUGAACAGAUGUUGGCGGUGCAGAACAAGAACAGCUCGUACUUCGUCGAGUGGAUUCCGAACAAUGUGAAGACAGCUGUCUGUGACAUCCCGCCCAAGGGUCUGAAGAUGUCGUCCACGUUCAUUGGCAACACCACCGCCAUCCAGGAGCUGUUCAAGCGCAUCUCCGAGCAGUUCUCGGCCAUGUUCCGUCGCAAGGCUUUCCUGCAUUGGUACACCGGCGAGGGCAUGGACGAGAUGGAGUUCACCGAGGCGGAGAGCAACAUGAACGAUCUGGUGUCGGAGUACCAACAGUACCAGGAGGCCACCGCCGAUGAUGAGUUCGAUCACGAUGUUAACCAGGAGGAGGUCGAGGGCGAUUGUAUUUAAUGGUGUGGCCAGAGGAAUGAGAUGCGUGCGUGAGCGUCUCUUUUUCGGUGGUCAGCAGCACGUCUUUAUGCGUGGCAUGCGGCAGCAGUUGCGGGCCAAGCACUGCAUCAUCCUCUGAAAAAGGGACGCGACAACAUAACCAAGCCAAACACACACACACUCACAGUCACAGUCACACACUUACACUCACAGUCACACUCACGAAUACAGGAAAUGUCAAGCGUAGUUUGACAGAAAUUCAAAACAUCAUCAGCCGGAAAUGCUCCAAGACUCUCAUUUCACUUCACUCGCUUUCACUAUUCGCCAUUCUCUAUUCGCACUCUUCCCUCUCCACUACUCAUCAGUAACGACUCGUUACUCCCAAAUCACACUACUCACUAAUCAUUUCGCUCUCUUUCUUUCUUCUACUUCAUUCUACGCUACACUCUACAGUCUACACGAAGGCACGUCUAUCGCAUUUCUCGCAGCCAUUUUCUCUCACUUUGUGAAACCCUCAUCUUUCACCUGCUUGCCCUCUUCAUCUCUACACUUAAUCUCACUAAUUUAAGUCGCAAUUUUACAACGUUUUUACUAUACAUAAAUAAUUAUUUAUAUACAAGAAAAAAAAUCAACAAUUUAGUAUCAUAUUAUACGUCAAAUAUACGAGCAUAUAAAACAAUUUAAAUGCGAACGCAAAUGAGAACGAGAACAACAAUAAUAUGAAAUCACAUAAAUUGCACAAUUUUAUCAAAUUAUUCAU